CCCAAUCUGGCUGAGUUGGUUUCAGACAGAACAUUACACACACACAUGCUCAAGCACACGUGCCACUCUGUGUCUUCCUACCAAGACCGGCUCUCCUCAGCAUCUCCGCUCUCAGUCUUCUACCUCAACAUGAAAGCACAUCAGUAAAGACUGGAUUAUUCGUCCUGUUUAUUAAUCUUCUCUCCUCUACACUUCAUUCUGUGUGUUUGGGUGUCUGUUCCUGGCUGGGAGUGCUCAUGUCUGCGACAGCGCUGUUGGGGGCAACACUAGGUACCGUGUCUGGAGUCCUGACACUGUGCGGUCUCUCCUUGCUUUGCAAGAGCUGUAAAAAGGGAAAACUUGAGAGAAGGGAUGAUACUGAUCCUGAGAAAGCCCAACCAAGCAUCCUGCACAGUCUCACGCAGUUUAGUGUGCAGAAGUUGACAGAACCGAUCCAGCCUCAAGCAUCUCUGAAGUUCCCUAAAAUAUACUGGCCCAAACCCUCAGUCCGUUCUCAAGAGGUAAUAAACCAGAAAGAUCAUGGAUCAUCUGUCAGCGACACAUUUGCGGCCGAGCUCAACACCUGUAACCAGGCAACAGGAUGUGAUGAGGUCUUCUCCCUCCCGCGGCAAGCUUCUGCAGAUGAGACGCCUUAUACAUCUGAGCAAACUGGUGCCAUGACGACAAGUAGCUCCAUCCUGUAUCCCAAAUUGCACUUUUCCAUUAGCCUGCACAAAGAGAGUGGAGAGCUACACAUCAACAUUGUGGAAGCGGAGAACAUAUCAGUGGUUCCAGGAUGUGAGGGGUAUAUAUCAGGGUGUGUAAGUGUCUCUGAAGAGCAGAAGCAUGCCCAUACAGCAGUCCACAAGUUGGCAGCACGGGUACAGUGGGAUGAGGACCUUGUGUUUGCCUUGCCCUUGGAGGGCACACUGGGGGCAGAUGGUCUAGAAGGAGAGGUGUCCCUAUCACUUCAAUGCUGUGAUCGAUUUUCCCAGAAUUCCACUCUGGGGACAAUGCGCUUUAAACUGGCUGAUGUGAACAUGAUGUUGGACGCUGACUGCUGGGUUGACUUACAGCCACCGAAACAGCAGGAAGUGACAUCCUCAGCCGGUGAGCUUUUGUUGUCGCUCAGUUAUUUGCCUGCGGCCAAUAGACUUGGAGUGGUUGUGAUGAAGGCUAGAGGACUUCUGUCAGACAAACUUAAAGACAACAUAGAUCUAUCUGUAAAGCUCACUCUGAAACAUCAAAAUGUCAAGCUGAAGAAGAAGCAGACACGGCGGGUAAAACACAAGAUUAAUCCCGUCUGGAACGAGAUGAUGAUGCUGGAACUCCCAAGCGAGCUACUAUCUAAAUCCAGCAUUGAGAUGGAGGUACUGAACCUGGCUGGGCCUGGGACCCUGCUCCCCCUGGGGCGCUGCAUGCUGGGACUCCAAACAUCCGGCACAGGUCUGCAGCACUGGAAACAAAUGCUAGAUAAUCCACGCAAGCAAAUUGCAAUGUGGCAUCCAUUGUAUGCCUAAACAUUUAGAUAAUACUCUCUAAAACACCACCACAUCCAGGCACUGUAUACACAAUGAAUGGUUAAAUCUGUUGAUGUAUUUUACAAUACUGUAGGUAGAUAUGAGUGAACCCAAUAGUUAUCACUGUACGUUCUCUGCAGAGGUUAAGGUAAAGCUGAAAUAGGACAGUUACAGUACUAAUAAGUAGUCUUUUAUUGUAAGCAGUGCGGCAUUUAUCUUUGAUGUUGUUGUCAGUGUGUUUAAAAAUCUUACUAUUAUGAAUUGGUGUGAGUGGGAGCCACCCCAAUCACUCUAAAAAUGGCUAGGUUAUUUUUGACCCAUUAUGGGUAAAUAUUGGACAGAACCGGCGCUGGGUUGAAAACUGAUCCAAUUCUGGGUUAUUUUAACCCAACUGCUGGGUUAUUAUACCCCAUGGUUGCAUAACAACAUGGGGUUAUUUUUAAAUCAGCACGUGUUCUCACUCUAAAAAAUAUUGGGUUGUUUUUAACCCCGGGCUGGGUAACUAUUGGACAGAACACAUUUCUGGGUUAAAGUGACCCAAAUAAUGGGUUGUUUUAACCCAACUGCUGGGUUGUUUCAACAUGGUUGAUUAACAAUAACCCAGCAGUUGGGUUAAAACAACCCAUUAUUUGGGUCAUUUUAACCCAGAAAUGUGUUCUGUCCUAUAGUUUAAAAAAUAACCCACCCAUUUUUAGAGUGAUCUUUCACAACAACCGUUAGGUACAAAAUUGAUUAGCAAACAAAAGCCAUCUUGUCCGGCUAAGUAACCGUCUUCUAGUCAAAAUAAAUUUGAAUUUAGUUACAGUUCGUCUUUGCCAAAAGAACUUGUGAGAUGUAUGAUACUCCAUUGUGUAAGCAAAGUCAACAGUGAUUACAAGGUCAUUGGUUUUGUUUAUUUAUUUAUUUAUUUUUGGGCUAUGGAUAGACAUCUAUACAAUUUUCACAGCCCAAAUGUUGCCUGGUUUUAGGCAAACAAACAUCUACUGUGUUGGGACGGCUAUUAGAUGUCUUUUAAAACACAAAAUUGCUUGCUGGGCUGUAUCUUGCCAGUUUUGACUGAACAGAUAAUACAUAACACCAAAGUCUCAUAUAGGGUUACAUUACAAAGCUGUGAAGUGGCAGGAUAUUAUUUCAUAUAUCUAUGAUUGCGUUCACUAAAGUAAUAAAAGUCAUAUCUGGGAUGGCAAGGGGUAAGUAAAUUAUGAGAAUUUUCAUUUUUGGUGAACUAUUCCUUUAACAUCAGUACAGCCCUGGCUACCAAUUGUAGAAUACUGUUAAUACUUCUAUAAUCACACAAUAAAUCUGCAGGGUCUUAUAAAGGCAGCUUUAUACUUCUCAAGGUGCAUGUGUGGAUCUUAGAUGUGUGGCUCGCUUAUUCUCCUAAUUGUCGUGUUAAUGUAUGACUUUUCACCAAGUUAAUAAUAAGGUUAAUAAAAUUUCCACUGUGGCAACUCAAAUAGUCAGGUUUUUGCAGAAUGCAAGUUAUGUCCUUAAUGAUGAAAGUUAAUGAAUGUAUGUUUUCUUAAACAUGCCUGCUAAAAACGACCUAAACCAAAAACACUCGGUUUGAAUAGAGCUAUCAGGCUAAAGGUCUAUAAUUUGUAAGUGAAUAUGAUCAAACUGAUUCUCACCACAGCUGCUUCUUCAUCCAGGUGCCGUGAAACAAACGAUUUAUAUAAUAUGUUUUGUGCUUCUUGGAUAUAUACAUACUUAGACAUGUGUAAACAGUAAUCUGCUAUAACCAAACAGCAGCUAAAGUGAGUAAUCAGCUCAGAAGCACUGGAUAUUUGCUAAAGUAUUUAUUGUAUGUGUUUUACUGUUAUCUGUUUUGUGUGAUCUGGUAACAAUAAUCUAUAUUGAAUCUGAUAACGUAAGCCUAAAGCCGGGUGAUGCACCUACAUGCAGGGUUUUAAAUUCUGUGCAAUGUUUUAAUUGCUAAUAAUUUUGUUCAUUAAUAGUUUCAUCAGAGAAAUAUCAGAUAGCAAAUUCAAGCUUUAAAGGUACUUUUAAAGUAGUUUCCUUUGGUAGCAAUAAGCAUCGUAAUUUCCCAAUGAUGCAUGAUCUUCUUGAUUUAUACAUAGUAUUAUUUGUUGCAAUUGACACGUUAAAAUAUUCAUGAUCAAAUGUUUAUUUCUGUACAUGUUUAAUACCAGGCAUGACCUACGAAUUGUUAUAAUCAUGGAAAUCUGAUCCAACUAUUCACUUUUUUUAAUCCAGUUUCUUCUUUUUGUGAAACAAAAAGUUUUGUGUUAUGUGUGAAAUAAAUAUUCCUUUC